AUGAUUAUCACGAUCUCUGUGCGGUCUUGGCGCAGGAUAGGUGCUAGCAAUCAGCGUGACGCAUCCCAGAGCCACGAAAGGAAAGCGGCCAGGCGAUUCAAGGAGUCGAAAUCCAUUUCCAACUACCCGUGUGACUUUGCUAUCCUCGACCUUCUUCAUACGAUGAAGACUAAGGUCAAGAUCAAGACCUCGACCACAACUUUCUUCUCGCAGGCGAAGAUGUUACCUUCAAUGUCGGCAGCGAUGAUUGGCUCAAAAAUCGCCCAGAAGGAAUGGAUUCGAGACGUAUCGGGCGCCGUGAGUGUCUUCGGCAGCGAGCAUAACCAGACAGAAGAGAUUCGAGACGUAUCGGGCAUCGUGAGCGUCUUCGGCAGUGAGCAUGGCGUGACGGUAAAGGAUAGCAGACGCCCAUCAAUGACUUUGCGCAUCUUUGAACUCCCUGCUGUAUUCUCUCCUCUCGGGACGCCACAGCCCAAAACAUGCUUCCGUAUCAGUUCCUCGAUUAUGAAUAGAGCUUCCAGAAAGCUUUAUGCAAGGCUUCGAAAACACUCGAUCCUUCCCGGUAACAAACUCAGAUUCUGGAAUGUCUCAGAGUGUUUGAAUUCAAAGGAGACGAGAUGGCUAGAUGAAGUACUUUCCUCACCAGUCAGUACAUCCCCAUCACAUUAUCCUGCAAAGCGUUUGGGAUGGGAAGGAGAAGCUGGAUAUAGCAAAUGGAACACGACAGCGAGCGGGUUCGUCAUUGAUCGGGCUCUUUGGAAGGUAUCAGCUCACAGCUCAUUUUGGGAUGGGCUUACCACAGAUGCACUAGAGGAGCAAGUCAUGUACAUCGUCCUUCUGAUCUUCGAGUUGCGCGAAGAGAUCCAAACGCGUGUCUCCGUAGGUCUGCUGCUCAAUGGACAAACGUUUCUGACUCCAGUAGGCGUUCAUGGCGCUUGCACCAAGCGGCCCAAAGUAAUCGGCAAUGACGGCGGUAUGCUCCGUAAGACCAAUCGUAUCGACGCAGCCAUUUUGGUUGGUGCUGAUGAUGAGGGGUUAUCUUUGGAGCUGAACGGCUGGUGUGCGACUAAGAACCUUGCAACACGGACGUCCAAUGUCCAAGGACGCAGCGUGAUGGCACGACGUCUUGACAUGAUUAUCGAAAUACCCUUCUUCUGGAACAAUGUGCAUGAUGAUCUGGGGAUUCGCACAACGCUCGAGGUCGUGGUAGUAGAUAUGGCGAUGGCGAUGGCGAUGAAGAAACUGCUCCCGCUCCCGCCCGCGCUGCCGCCCGCGCUGCCGCUCCCGCCUGAUCCUGAUUCCGGCUUGCGGCUCUGUUCACCAUUGCCCGCAUUUCGAGCGCCAUGCCAUGAUAACAAGGUGAUCAAGAUAUGUCUUGUACACUUUCCAAAUGUCUCUACAUUCCCCCACGCCCGCUCGUCACGAGUUGAACAUAACCUUUCCCUCGCCGAUCAUGCAGAUGUCGGCAGUCGUCCACGAUCAGACGCGCUCGGAGAUUGGCGCAAACGACAGCAAGCGAACAAACAAGACAUGCAGCAGAUGAGAGAUCGGCUGCCCUCACGAGACGAGGACGAGGACGAGGACGUACAUCAGCAUGGCAGUGCCUACGAGCAGCGCCAGCGCCAGCGCCAGCGCCAGCGCCAGCGCCAGCAGUACGAUGCAUCCUCACCACAGCAGGCUGCUCCAUCCUCCGCCUAUACCUCGCCCGCUUUCUGUGCCUCCGCGCAUCCGCCACCUGCUCCUCCGCCGCCACCUCCGCCAUGCAAUACAACAACACUCACGCCCCUUCAACAGCACACAUUCUGGCAGUCACCUGUCGAUGCCACGGGCUGGACUGAGGUCGAGAUCAAGAACAAUGUCCACCCACACCCCGACACUCUUCCCACCACCAAUCAUACCACCUGGCGCAGCAUCACGAACCUCCGCUCCGACCGCCGCUACGACAUGCCCGUCAACGCUCUGGAGACCGUCCGUCGCUGCGAUCGACAAGUGACUGUGACUAGGGGAAUUGGGAAGAUCACAGUGCGUGUUGACGUGGGCAUCGUGCUGGCGACGAGGAAGGAUAAGGACGACGAGGCCCCGGAAACCAACCUUUUGCAGGAGUGGACGAGCGAGGUCGAUGUGCCUCUGGAGUUGACAUCAGGUCAUCAGCGGCCGCGAAGCAGCAGGGCCGGCAGCAGCAGCAGACUUCCGGGCAGACAAGGCAUGCAGGACACACCCUUCUCAAGGCUUCCGCAUCGCCGUGCCAGUGCUCCCGGACCGUUUGUCGAGGAUAGCAGCGGCAGCGAGUCUGAUACGACCUUGGCUUCAAGAACGCAAAGAUGCUCUUCAUGCCCUGCGUCUUAUGCUUCUUGCGCGCUGAAUGUUUGGCUGGUAUGGGAUAGGGCAUCAAGGCGCACAAAGAGGAGGAGGACUGGCUUUGAGAAGUUACUGCCCAGAGGUCCUUGGAUAGCAGUCGGCAGUUUGGCAAUGUCAACCUUUCCACGCACGAUCAGAUUUCCAUUUGCUUCAGCUUCUCACCCUGCUCCCUUAUCACCUUGCUCGCUUCUCAUCUUGCUCGCUUCUCGCCUUGCGCGCUUCUCGCCUUGCUCAAGCUCCUCGUCGUAUCCGCCACCCGUGCAUGGAGAUUUCCCGGCACCGUGCCAUCGUCGAAUAUCUCCUUUUCAUUCUCUCUUUCCUCACACCACCGCCUUGCAUUGCAAUUACGAACAAAGCGGCAGCUCCGCCUUUGUCCUCCUUGUCUCUCCCGAGUCUCCCGGGCCAACUCCGCACACGUACAACCAUGCCCGCCAAACAAGCUAUGAACAGCGACUGCUAUGCAUAGCACGAAGGAACACUAGAUUUUCAGCAUCUGACUUACUGUACAUCGACUCCUCAAUGAUGCUCAGGUUGAGAAUCCGGGAGAGGAACACAGUACUGCUUCAUCAAGCUAGGCAUCGAGAUCUACAAGUAAGAUCUGCAGCAGAAAAGAGUCAUCCAGGGCAGGAAGAAAAGCUGCGGAGGAUAGAAGUGCAGAAACGUUGUCACGAGCAAUUGCCAUACCAGAUGGACUUGAGAAGCCCGGCGGUGCUGGAGACUCUCCGAAAUGCGAGUAGAUCAACCAAGAAAGUAAAUUAUAUGCACCUCGAGGGUUCCAUAUGCCCCUGCAAAGUGCCCUGA